AUGACUCAGAAGCGUCGAUUGAGUGAAGAACCUCGAAGUAUAAAACAACAACAACAACAACAACAACAAGAGAUAAAAAAGAAGCAAAAGCAAUCAAUACCGAUACAACGUGAGGAUUUACAAUCCCUAUUGAAGACCAUAAAUAGGAAGAAACUAGACUUUGAUUCGGAAAAGAUCUGUUCGGCAAGUCUAUCAAAAUUGGAUAUAUACGGUUGUUUAGUCUGUGGGAAAUAUUUUAGAGGUUGUAAAGAACGUUCUCCUGCUUUCUUACAUUCUAUCAGUGAUGGCCAUCGUUUAUUCGUAAGUUUUGAAUCCACCAGAGUGGUAAUAUUACCUGAUGAGAUAGAUAUUGAUGUUAAUGUGAUCCAUUUAUUAGAUGAUGUCAAUAAGAAAUUGAUUAAUGAUAUUAAAUAUUCGGUGUAUCCAGUUUAUUCUCCUGAUACUAUACGAAAAUCUCCAUAUAGAUGUUUUGAAUCUACUCAAGGUCAAUUAUAUUAUAAUGGAUUUGUUGGAUUAAAUAAGUCUACAUCAAAUAAUAUUGCAUAUAUUAAUGUAAUAAUUCAAUUAUUAGCUCAUGUUGAUCCGAUUAGAGAUUUUUUCUUAUUAGCUGAUAAAAAGAAUCAUUUGAAUGAUAAUGGGUUAAUUAAAAAUAUUACUUUAAUAAUGAAAAAAAUUUGGUCACCUCAUUUGUUUAAAUUGAAUGUAGGACCCGAUGAACUAAUAUCUUAUAUUAUGGUGAAUCAUUCGAAUGUAAUUAAAGCAAACAUUAACUGUGAUCCACAAAUGUUUUUGAAUUGGUUAAUAAAUGCAUUAUGUCAAUCAGAUAAACGGUUGAGAAAAAUAUUAAUAAAGACAUGUCAGGGGAAGCUGAAAGCGUUCGCAAAGGGUAAUAAAGCUAAUAUUGUACCGUUUUGGAAUUUAACAUUAACUUUACCAGAAAUAUCCAUGUUUAAAGAAAGUAAAAAUAUUGACGACAUAGAACAAAUAAAACUUGAAGAUUUAAUAAUGGCAAAAUUUUCAUUAGACUCUAUCAAUAAUGAUAAACUUCAAUUGAUUAAGGAUAAUUUACCUCAAUAUCUUUUCCUUUAUAUUAGACGAUUCAAUAAAUCAAAGAAAUUGUCAGAUUCGGAAUUUUAUGUUAGGAAUAGAAACCAAACUAUAGUAAAUUUUGAUGAAAUAUUGACUCUCCCUUUUUCCAAUGAUGACAAAAUUUCUAAAAUUCGAUAUAAAUUAAUUUCAAAUGUUGUACAUGAUCCUGAAAAAAAUUUGUAUGAUAUUGAAAAGGAUUAUACUAGUAAUUGGAAAAUCCAAUUGCCUAAUGAGCAGACAAAGGAUUGGGUUGAGAUCAAUAAUACAAAAACUACAAUUAAAAACUUUAAUUUAUUAUUUUUGGAUGAAACAUAUAUUCAAGUAUGGGAAAAAAUUAAAGAUUAA